AACGUUAACCAGAAAGAUUUUUCUAUCAAGGCGACCACCUCCAAAUAUUUUACUCGAGAAAACCAUGGUUCACAAGUCGGUCCUCAGGCAGUGAAAAUUUCUAUAGCUCAUCAAGUACCUAUCCCCAAUGUUAACGGCUCGUCCACCAACAGAACACAUUCAAAGCAUUUUACUCGUCCCAAUGAAACACAAAUCGAUGGUUUGGCUACAUAUGUCUCUGGUUCAGCCCAACGACAUGAAGUCAUGGCUCCUGGUUCUGAUGGCUUGUCUAACGGCGAUCCGAAGUCCAGAAAACACUCUGGAGCGAUGAUUGACUUAAAUGCAGAUUACUCUGUAAUAAAUGAUUCGGAUCCGUCGCGUGACCUUGGUAUUGUCGACACUGGCAUUUCUAGGGAUGUAAUACUAGCGAUUACAGGUGG